GAGUUCUGUGUGCUGGCCGAUAGGGUUGAGGCGGCCAGGGAGGGAGAGGCCAGAGCAAGCAGAGGAGAAAAGGAGCGGAGGAUUUUAUGUAAAUUCCAAAUAACUGUUUUAGCACAAAUUCCCACCUGUUGUUUUAAGAGAGACUCUGCACGGGGGAUCACUGGGGAAGAUCCGCCAUUCAGUCAAUGUGCAGCGACCGAGACUUUUUUUUGCGAGCUACUAGCCUACUAGCUCGGAGUAAGUGUAGGACGCUAGCUGGCUUCUUAGCGAGUGCAUUCACAUGGACGCCAAAAUGGAAGGGACCCUAAACGCGCUUUAUAUCCCGCGACCUUAACUAACAGGCCUUUAACGAGGUGUUGGCGGAAUAUUUUUCAAUUCGUCUUGUAGCCUUUUUUUGUACCAUGUGCACUUACUCGGCGGCACUGCGUAAAUUCUAAGUCAAACUCGAACAUAGAUGGAGCAGGGGCGUUUUGGUUUUAGCUAGCUAGCACAGCUAGCUGGCCUGGCAGACAUCAGAGCACAAAGAGCGAAAAACCAAGUAGUCGCAAGACUUUUUUUAAACCGGUUUCAUUUAGAGUAUUUGAGGUGCUUAUCGGGGGGAUAUUUAAAGCGGGUGAAUUUAACAGCCAGCUGUUUGCUUUAUGUUGGGAAGCAGAUAAAGCUAGCUAGGGAGCUAGCCGAGAUUGGCUCAGUGUUUUAGCGCCCAGUCCCAAAUGAAGGAGUACAAAGUGGUUGUGUUGGGCAGCGGCGGCGUGGGCAAGUCCGCCCUGACCGUACAGUUUGUCACCGGCACCUUCAUAGAAAAAUACGACCCGACCAUCGAGGAUUUCUAUCGAAAAGAGAUCGAGGUAGACUCGUCCCCUUCGGUGCUGGAGAUUCUGGACACCGCCGGAACGGAGCAGUUCGCGUCCAUGAGAGAUCUUUAUAUAAAGAACGGCCAAGGCUUCAUCUUAGUUUACAGCCUUGUAAAUCAGCAGUCGUUUCAGGACAUCAGACCGAUGCGUGACCAGAUAGUUCGGGUGAAGCGCUUUGAGAAGGUUCCCCUCAUCUUGGUGGGCAAUAAGGUGGACCUGGAAUCUGAGCGCGAGGUCGCCGGGUCCGACGGCCGAGCCCUGGCGCAGGAGUGGGGCUGCCCCUUCAUCGAGACCUCGGCUAAGAGCAAGACCAUGGUGGAUGAGCUCUUUGCUGAGAUUGUGAGGCAGAUGAACUAUGCCACUUUGCCUGAGAAACAGGAGCAGUGCUGCACGGCGUGUGUGAUGCAGUGAGGUCCCCGGCCUUACCGCACACUCCACAGCCACAGCACCUGGCAGGAGGCCCUUUUGAACCCGUGUCUGCUUCAGUGAUGUUUUGACCCCAUGAGCCACACCAGUGUCACUGAGCCGUCUGAACUCGGACUGAUGAGGUCACCUGACAAGCCUUGGUUUUGCUGCAGCAUAAAGCAGGGACUUUGAAAUCUCUGACUUUCAUCGGUGUCUGUAUUGUAGAGCACAUAUAUAAUACAGUAUAUAUACAGUAUACUGGGUGUUUUUGGGAACUGCAUGAUAAGCAUCAGUGGGAGGGCAGAGGACUUUGGAAACGGGGCCAAAUGUGACAGGGCUAUUAAUAUCUAUUUUCUUAGAGGGGGAACUACAUUGUGUAUGAGCAGGAUUUCUGCAACCUGUAAACAUGCUGACGGUGCUCAGUUGUACAUCCCCAAGACUUCUUUUAACAUUUUAUGUUUGAUAUCUACUUUUAAAGUGAUAAUAGCCAUUACAAAGGUUUGAUGCCUGGACCAUCUAACUUUGCUUUUCUGUUUUUUUGUUUUUUUGUUUUUUUGUUUUUUUUUUUUAAGACUACAGUAUGUAUGCCCCCCCCCCCCCCCAUAGUAUAUUUAUUAAAAUGUUUAAUUACAAAGAUGGAUACAUAUUGAAUUUUUAUGUUCCAUUGGCCUUUUUGCUUUUUGUGACAGUAUGCAUUGUUUCUGAAAUGGAGCAUUAAUG